CCAAUCGGAGGCGGCGGCGGAGCUUCGCGAGCCUCCUGCCCGCCCCUUUCGCAAAGCACCCUGGGGAACGUAGUCCUCUACCUCAUGGUCCUCGCAGUCGCCAUUUUGUCGCCUGGAGGCGGUUUUGUGUGUUUUCUCCUCGCGCGCUCGCCUCGAAACGCGUUUGUUUCUUUGGGAGGAGGACAGGAGGAGACAUCGCAGUAGAUCGCCGAUGAGCAGAAGAGCGCCAAUGGAUCUGGAUUCGGAGGAAACAUGAGCAGAAGAGCGCUGACUGAUGGAUCUGGAUGGAGACAUGUGCAGAAGAGUACUGAGUGUGACGGACAGCGGCUAUCUGGAGGAGACAAGCGCAGUAAGUACUGAGUGACAGUGAGAUACUGCAGUGAUGGACAAGUUUUUGAAAAGGAAAGAACUGGACUCUGAAGAAAAUUUGGAGUCAGAUGAGAGCCCAAGUAUGAGUGGGGAUCAAAAGAAAGCAAAGAUGGUUAGCUCGAGCAAAGUCUCUGGCACGAGGCAAUAUAGCGAAAAUGAAAGAGCUCUUAAAGCUAGCUAUCAAGUUGCUGAACUUAUAGCCAAGUCAAAAAAGUCGCACACUGUGGCAGAGACAUUAAUACUUCCCACCUGCAAAGCUAUUGUAGAGGAGAUGCUCGGACCUGAAGCAGCUAAGGAAAUAGCCAAAGUCCCUCUCUCAGACAACACAAUUUCCAGACGUAUUAAUGACAUGUCUGCAGACAUCGAAAGUGUGGUUUUGGAAAAGAUCCGUAUCAGUGAGAAAUUUGCAUUGCAACUUGAUGAGUGUACUGAUAUCAGUGGACAUGCUCAACUCUUGGCCAAUGUGCGUUUUGUUGAUGGUGAUGCAAUUAGAGAAAACUUCUUUUUUUGCAAGGCAUUGCCAGAAAAAACAACAGGAGAAGAAAUUUUUCGGGUCACAUCAGAAUACCUUGAACAAGGAGGACUUAAGUGGGAAAACUGCACAAGUGUCUGCACCGAUGGAGCUGCAGCCAUGGUCGGGCGCACCAAAGACUUUGUAAGCAGAGUGAAGGAAAGAAAUCCAGAUGUGAUUGUUACGCAUUGUUUUUUACACCGUGAGGCCCUCGUAGCCAAGACUUUACCAGCAGACCUAGUUCAUGUGUUGGAUGAUGUUGUGCGCAUGGUAAACUUUGUAAAGUUUUGCAGCUUUGUGUGAGGAGAUGGGAGCGAAGCAUAAAACCUUGCUGUUUCAUACGGAGGUCCGGUGGUUGUCGCGUGGCAAUGUCUUGGUUCGUGUGUAUGAGCUGCGGGAGGAACUUAAAGUGUUUCUGACAAAUGAGAGGUCAGAUUACGCAAAGCUGCUUGCAAGUGAUGAGUGGUGUGCAAGGCUGGCAUACCUGGCAGAUAUAUUUCAUCAUCUGAAUGAACUGAACACACGAAUGCAAGGCCGAAAUGAAAACCUGCUUACAAGUACAGAUAAAAUAAAUGGAUUCCGUUCAAAGGUGCAACUCUGGCAUCAACACGUGGAAAGUGGCAAUCUUGAAAUGUUCACACUCACCCAGCAAUGGCAAGGUGUUCACACUGCUGCACUGUGUGAGAUAAUAGUUAAACAUUUAAAAACUCUCAAGGAGAAGUUGUCAUUUUAUUUCUCUUCAGUCUCCACUGAAUACCUUGACUGGGUUAGGCACCCUUAUAGCUCAGCAUCAGUUGGUAGAAAGGACAUGACUUUACAGGAGCAGGAGGAACUAGCUGAACUGAGACAAAAUCGUGGUUUCAAGCUAAGAUUUGCUGAUCUACCUUUGGACAGUGUUUGGUUGGAUACUGCCAAGGAGUUCCCCCUUCUGGCAAACAAAGCUAUUUUGACAUUGCUCCCAUUUUCCACUACAUAUCUGUGUGAGAUGAGCUUUUCAAGCAUGAUUGCUAUAAAAACUAAAUACAGAGAGAGACAGAGAGCUGUUGAAGAAGAGCUACGUGUGUGUCUUUCUUCGAUUCCAGCCAGAAUAUCAGCUUUCUGUUCAGCCAAACAGGCCCAGGCUGCGCACUGAAUAAAGUAUUUUAUAAUUUUUCAUAUUUCUGUUUACUUACUAUUUCAUAAUAAAGUAAU